AUGCAAGGCGGAUAUGAAAAUCCUUCUUUAUCCUCAGUUGGCUUCCAGUUUUCUUCUACCUACGUAGCGGAAAUUAUAAACAAGAUCACUGUUAUUGAUUUUUUCAAAGAAUCAAAUUUAUCUAAAUCUAUUGCAUCUUAUUUUGCCAAUAAUAUAGUCCAAUCAACAGAAAAAUGUUUUAUUUUAAUAGAAUCAUUACCGUGGCUCUUAACAAAUUCAACUUUAGGCGAAGUAUGUCGGACAUUGUUGGAAUAUAGUAGAGCAAAUGUUGUGAUGGCUGUGCUGCCAUUUGAUUGUGUUAAUGAAACGAUUAUGAAUAGUUUUAGAUCAAUAGCAAACAUUAUCAUUCAUGUGAAAAGUCUUGAGUCAAAUAGUAUUAUUCAAGCAAAAAUUGAACAAAAAUCUAAAACAAGUAUUGAAACAAUAAAAGUGUGUUUAAUGUUUACAAUUGAUAACCAUCUAAAUGCUAUCAAUGUACGUGAAGAAAAAAUUAGUAAUAGAAAACCUAAAACUGUUACGUCUGCUGACACGACGGAUAUUACAACAAAUCUGACUUUUAAUCUACGUCUUAAAGAAGAUGAGGUUCAAGCGAGAAACAAUCUUGUUUUACCCUACGUUAAACAACGAACUCGUGCAACAGACGAAAGUUUUACAAUUCAUUAUGAAUACGAUAAACAAGAUGAUAUUGAUGAAGAUGAUCCUGAUGAUGAUUUAACACUCUAA